AUGAGCCUUGCGGGUGACUGCGAUGGAGUUCUGAAAGCUCUGGAGAAGGAACCCUUCACCCAGGAAGUGGCGGAGCGGCUCAUGAAGCACGAGGUUUUGCGCGAUCUGAGAGCAGGAGUUCUGCCCAAAGAGUCGGCAGAGCUCUUGCUGAAGACCCUCUUGCAUGAGCAGUACUUUGUGUGCAACAGCGAUCUCAGGACUCUCACGCACAGUUGUGAGCGCUACCAGCAUGUGGAGGGCUACAGAAAAUUCUUGGACUUCUUCCGAGCUGGCGAGGAGUUCGCCUUGGGUGAGCACCAGAAGAUGUGUUCCAUGCUGGGUCUCAGUGCCGAAAGUCUGGAAGACCAUGUUCCACAUCCCAAAUGCCAGGCCUAUCCCAGCUGCUUCUGCACCAUCCUCACGCUUCAUUCGCCGCUGGUGGCUGCUGCUGCCUUUCACGUGAAUUUUCCUGCUUGGGGCCAGAUGUGUGGGAUUUUGCGGGACAGCUUGAUCCUGCAUUAUGGCUAUCAGAAGGAGGACUUGGGUUUCCUGGACUUCUUUGCAGAGCCGAUCCCUCAGCUGCGAGAGAUGGUGGAGGAAGUCUUUAGCGCAGCGGGUGCAGAGGAAGUGAGCUAUGCCCAGUUGAGACGUUCCGUGCGGCUUCUACAGGACUACGAGCUACUCUUCUGGGAUGGCAUUUGGGAGCAGGUCAUUGCUCGAUCCAAUGGUGCAUCGGGGUCUGAUGGAGAGCGGCGCUGCCUGGUGAGUUGA